AUGGCUGUUACUGACCUCCUCGUCAUUAUUACUGCAGUAAUAAUAAACCGUGUCCCUGGUAUAUAUUUUCCAGACAGUUAUCUCUCUAUUACACAUGUGUGCAGUCUCAACAUUGCCUUUAUUCAUGCUUCAAGGGACAGCUCUGUAUGGCUAACAGUUGCUUUCACAUUUGAUCGAUUUCUGGCCAUUUGUGUCCAGAAGCUGAAAAGAAAGUAUUUCACUGACAAAAUCACAGCGGUGAUUAUAGGAAUGGUUUCUACACUGGGAUGCCUGAAAAGUGUUCCGUGGUAUUUUGUUCAUGAACCCAUCUAUAUAAUUAAUAACAUCCCUUGGUAUUGCAAACUGAAAGAUAUCCGCUAUACCUCACUUUGGUGGACAGUGUUUGAUUGGUCUGAUCGUAUUUUAACUCCUUGCCUGUCGUUCUUCUUGAUUUUUUCGCUGAAUGUUCUGACAGUCAAGCAUAUAUUACUAUCCAAUAGGGCCCGCAAAAGACUCCGGGUCCAGGAUGGCACAGAUGGUCGUAGUGACCCAGAGAUGGAGAGUCGGAGAAAGUCCAUUGUGUUACUUUUUGCUAUUUCAGGUAGCUUCAUGCUCUUAUGGAUGACAUAUGUUGCUCAGUUCUUUUAUGACCGCUUUACAAAUAAUUAUAAAGUUAAAGGCUUUAGUGACCCCAAGUUUAUAUUGCGAGAAAUUGCAAACAUGCUUCAGUUGCUGAGUUGCUGCACAAACACGUUUAUUUAUGUGGUGACACAGAGAAACUUUAGGGAACAGUUACAAAAUAUACUGUUGCGUCCCUUGAAAUUAAUUAAAUAA